AUGAAUAAUGACGAAUCAUAUGAACUUAUACAGAAAAAAACAUAUGAAAAAACGUUUUGGGAACAAAUUGGAAAACCUAAACACAUUUUAGCCCCUAUGGUAGAUUUAAGUGAAUUGGCAUUUCGAUUACUAUGUAGAAAAUAUAAUUGUCAUUUAACAUUUACCCCUAUGUUACAUGCAAAAAAUUUUGUUGAACAUGAAAAAUACAGAAAAGGUUAUUUUCAAUGUUGUGAUAAAGAUGAACCGUUGAUUGCUCAGUUUUGUGGGAAUAAUUCUAAAACUAUUUUAAAUGCAAUUGAGUUUAUUAAAAAUGAUGUAAAUGCUGUUGAUUUGAAUUUAGGGUGUCCACAGCAAAUUGCUAAAAAAGGAAAUUAUGGAGCUUUCUUAUUACAAAAACAUGAUGAAGUGGUUAACUUAGUGUCAGAUAUAACCAAUAAUUGCAAUAUUCCUAUUACUUGUAAAAUUCGAAAAAUUGACCAAGAUUAUCAGAAAACUUUGAAUCUCUGUUAUGAUUUGCAAAGUCGUAAUGUGAAAAUGAUUACUGUUCAUGGAAGAACAAAAGAAGAGAAGGGUAUAAAUAUAAAACAGUGCGAUUAUGAAAUUAUUAAAAUAAUUAAAGAAAGAUUAGACAUUCCAAUAGUAGCUAAUGGAUCCAUCGAAUAUUUUGAAGAUAUACAAAAUUGCUUAAAUUAUACCAAAGCUGAUGCAGUUAUGUGUGCUGAAAUUUUACUUGAAAAGCCAUAUUUUUUUUCAAAUCAAAAUGUAAACACAGUUGAUGUAGUUAACGAGUAUUAUGAUUUGUUUUUAAAAUAUGAGUCCAACACUAAAUAUUUAAAAGGACAUUUGUUUAAAAUGUUGUAUAAAUACUUUCAAGUGCACACCGAAUUGCGUGACUUGCUAAAUAAUUGUCACUCAUUAAAUGAUUACUUAAAUUUUCAGGCAAUUUUGAAUGAGAAAAAGAACUUAGGUGUCCUUACAGAAUCGACGCAUAGUUGGUACAGGAGGUACAGGAAAAUUGCGUGA